GCCAAAUCGUUAGCAAUCUCUUCUUUAAGAAACAAAAUCACCUCUUUAGACGAUAAACCCAUGGGCUAUUAUUGCUCACUUUCUCUUAAAAAUCUUCCUCACACUCUUGUUCCUACUGCUUAUAAUGAAUUAUCGCAAGAAAUUCAUCAAGUCUUAAUUAAAAAGCACAGUGAAUUCCUUUUGGAAAAACUCAUUACGCUUCUUAAGAAACAAGAGCUUAUUCAUGAAAACUAUGCCAAGCAAUUAGAUGAGAAGUUUAGUAAGGUGCAAGCUGAACUUCAAAUCAAUGUAAGUAAUGGUUCGUUGAAGAUCGAACUCACUACAAUGUACUCAAAUUCUGCUAAAAGCAGAAUAGAGAGUAUCUUACGGCAAUAUGAUGAAAAAAUAUUGCAACUUGACAUCGAGCAUUCUCUCAAUAUUGAGUCAUCGCAGAAACGAAAAACACCAUCAAACAUUGACGAAGACGCCAUGAACUUUGACCAAAACUGGUCAAAAGUCGCAACGCAAUACCUUCAAAAAGCCAAGAAAAAUCACUACAAAAAAUUGGUGUAG